AUAUUAAAUUCACCUUCAAAUUCAUUUUGUUAGUGAUAAGUGAUAUGGACCUUAUUCAUAAGUUCCUCAACAUAGUAGCUCCUCCAUUCACCUUCUUUUCCUUAGCUCUUUUCUUACCACCUUAUUGGGCAAUCAAAUUCUUCCUUUCCACUAUAUAUUACAUCUUCACUGAAAAUGUUGCUGGUAAAGUUGUUCAUAUCACUGGUGCUUCCUCUGGUAUUGGAGAGCAUUUGGCGUACGAGUAUGCAAAGAGAGGAGCUCUAUUAGCACUUUCUGCUAGAAGAGAGACUGCGUUGCGUGAAGUUGCUGAUAGAGCGCGUGAUUAUGGAUCUCCUGAUGUUAUUAUAAUACGUGCAGAUGUUUCUAAGGUUGAAGAUUGUUUACGAUUGAUUGAUGAAACUGUUCAACAUUUUGGAAGAUUGGAUCAUCUAGUAAACAAUGCUGCAAUUAGUGCUGCCACUUUGUUUGAAGAAGUAACUGAUAUCACCGAUUUGAGACCUGUCAUGGAUACAAAUUUUUGGGGAUCAGUUUACACAACCCGUUUUGCUUUACCACACCUGAGAAACAGCAGAGGCAAAAUUGUGGUACUGUCAUCUGCUGAUUCUUGGAUGCCAGCACCUAGAAGGAGUAUCUAUAAUGCAAGUAAAGCAGCAUUAGUGAGUCUUUAUGAAACAUUGAGAGUGGAAGUUGGAUCAGACAUAGGUAUAACAAUUGUGACACCCGGUUAUAUAGAAUCUGAAUUGACCAAAGGGAAGUUCUUAUUGCCACCACAAGCCAAGAUGGGCGUCGACCAAGAUAUGAGAGAUGUUGAAGUGAGCGCAAUGCCAGUGGGAUCAGUGAGUGGAUGCGCCAAAUCAAUAGUGAACAGCACAUUGAGAGGAGACAGAUAUUUAACAGUACCAGCUUGGUUCAGAAUGACAUAUGUUGUCAAAGUCUUGUGUCCAGAAUUGGUGGAAUGGAGUUUCAGAAUGUUGUAUCUUACUAAAUCAAAUACUACUCCAGUAAGAGAAGCACCUAGCAAAAAGAUUUUGGAUGCCACUGGGAUUAAGAACUUGUUUUAUCCAUCUUCAAUUCAUUCCCCUCAGAUCAAAACUGAGUGAUUCAAUUUGAAUUAGAAGUUAAGAACCAUCCCAGAUAAUACUGUUUCUUGUGGUGUGUGUCACUAGUUUUGUGGAAGGAAUAAAAUGUGUUUUAUGGAAUACAAUAAAAAUGGACAGUGUUUAUUAAUA